AUGCGCCACUGGGGCAGGCCACGUCAGGCGAUUGCGUUUCUCAGGAGCACUAUAACCUGGACCCCUCAAUUCAAAGCACCGUGCCGCCUUCAUCACCGAGCUAGGACACUAACACCGUUACGAAAACCAGCUUCCGUGAGCUCUCCUGCCCGGAAUUUGCCCUCGUUACGUCGCGGAAUGGCAGAUGAAAAGCCAAGCCAGCCGAGCCCCUCUGUCCCUUCUCAUGAGGCACCUGACGGCCGCCCUCACCCUAAUGACGUCGACGUAUUCGCAAGUGUUACAUACUCGCUGGCCCGUGAUGGUCUUGACCCGCGGGACGUUGACCUCAAAAUGAACGACCGCGACAUGUUGCUAAAUAUCGAGCUUGACAAAGACCACACCCGCGUGCUACACCUGCAAUGUGUGCGUGAGGAUACGCUUUCCGAGGCAAAGAUUGCUGCCGACGAGUUCCUUGAUCAACACAAGCCGCUCGGCGGCCCCCAGAGUACGGUGUACCAUAGAUUUGAUAAAAUUUACAAUGAGAUGGAAUAUCAUAUUCCUUCUGUGCUGGCCGACGUUGAGGACUUUCAAGAAAAAAUGACCGAGGUUGGCGAUUCAGAAUCAAUAUACCCCAAGCUAUACCUUGGGGAGGAGGCAAUUACGACUCAUAAAGACCAGGGCUUUGACCCGGUUGCCGAGCUCAUCUAUGCCUCGAACGACUUCCUCGAUCGAGUCAAGGAAAUCCAGGAGAAGUCGAAACCCUACAGAAAUGAAACCUGCCCUACGAGAACUGCAUCGAUAAUAACUAGACAAGAUGGCGACUCAGCUCACAAACAUCUUACAAACUAUAUACAUGAGCAGGCCCUGGAGCGUGGCUUCUUCUUUGAUUGUGACGACACAGGUAGUCAAUAG